CCUGACACCUCUCGCGCGUGUGCUCGUGGGAUAUAAACGCACAGCUCUCCUCAAUCACACACCAACUCAUCAACACAAACCAAGUAGUAACAACACGAUCGCUCCCUUUCCCGUAUCCAGCUAGCCGUCUGGCUCUUUGCUGAUCUUCGGCAAGCUAGCUCGAUCAGUCGAUCGAUUGCACCGUCAAUGGCUUCCACUCUCACCGCCGCGUUCGCCAUUCUCGUCGUCAUCGCCGUCGCUGUGCAGCCGGCUCGUGGUGCCCAGCUGGCGUGCGAGGAGCUGCCGCCGGACGUGUGCGCGUUCGCGGUAUCGUCGGGCGGGCGGCGGUGCGUGCUGGAGCGCACGCCGGAGGGCGCACACCGGUGCCAGACGUCGGCGGUGGGCGGCGCGCGGGGCCUGGCCGCCGGGUGGGUGGAGACCGACGCCUGCGUGCGCGCCUGCGGGGUGGACCGCGCCGCGCUGGGCCUCCCCGUGGCCAGCGCCGCGGCCGAGGACCGCCGCACCCUCCGGGCGCUCUGCUCGCCGGCGUGCUGGGACGGGUGCCCCAAUGUCGUCGACCUCUACGCCACCCUCGCCGCCGCUGAAGGUAUGUCGCUGCCGGCGCUCUGCGAGGCGCAGAAGAAGGCCGCCAACCGCCGCAUGAUGAUGGCCGGUAUGGCUCCAGUCGGCGCUCCGGUCGUGGCUCCGGCGGCGCCCCCGGUCGUGGCUCCUCCGGUCGCGCCUCCGGUGGCUGAGCCUCCGGUGGUUGCGCCGCCUCCAUGCGAGGAAUGGUGAAUUCAUAAACAGCAUCGAUUGUAUUUGUACUGCUCAAAGUGUUCGGACGAUACCCUUGUUCAGUGUGAGUGCUAGAUGUUCCACAUAUGUAUCGGAGAUAGUCCCAUUGUUUUAGCGUGAAAUAAAGCCGUACGAAGCUGCAUUCGUGUAA